UUGCUUGUUCCCCUGUAAGUGGAUUUGAUUCAGUUAUUGAAUACAAAUCAAAGCAAGAGGACAUCUAGGUAAACCAAUACUAUUUGAAUGGGCCCCUUAGGAACCCCUGCGCUAGGGGGCAGCAGAGCGCAGCCGGAAGUGCAGAAGCAGCAGAAGAACACGAAGAAGACUUCCUCCGUCAUGGCGGAACUGAACCGACAGCUCCAGGAGUAUCUGGCUCAGUCCAAGAGCGGCGGCGCCAGGACCAUCUCCCAGUCCAGCUCCAGCACCACGGUGGACCUGGGCGACUCGGAGCCGGUCUCGGGAAGCUGGUUCGGGCGGUGGUCCAGUCCGUGGUCCGGGAGCCAGAGCGCUAGCGGCUUCUCCUGGCCCUGGUCGGCCGAACCGGAUCCGUGUCUGCCGGGCGUGAGCCGGCGGCAGCGGCUCGUGGCCUUCUGCGCGUGCGCGUUGUUCUCCUCGCUGUGCUUCGGGCUGUCCGCGCUCUACGCGCCGCUUCUGCUGCUCUACGCGCGCAAGUUCGCGCUGCUCUGGUCGCUCGGUUCGCUGUUCGCUAUCGCGGCGGCCGCGGUGCUUCGCGGGCCCAGCCGACUGUUCGCCGGCCUUCCCACCUCGCCCGGCGCCGCCGCCUACCUGUGCGCCCUCGCGGGGACCCUGUACGCGGCGCUGCGCCUCCACAGCACCGCGCUCACAGCGCUGGGCGCCGCGCUGCAGGUCGCGGUCAUCGCCGGAUGCGCGGUGUCGCUGCUGCCUGGAGGGAGCGCUGGGAUCCGCUUCGUGGGGGGGGUGGCGGCGGCGGCCAUCAAGAGGACAGUCACCGGCAAGACCAUGCCCAUCUGACCCCCAGAGGACCAUCAGCUGACUGGUUAUUGAUUAUCGGCUGACUGACAGUGGCAAUGUUUGAAUGUGAAUACAUAACAUGUUUGUGUGGGUGAAGAACGUUUAAUAAGGAAAUAAAGAACCAAACUGUUUCAUCUGUGA